AUGACAAUUGCAAAGCAAAUAGCUGUGUUUUAUUGUAACGUCGCAUUAUUCGAUUGCGAUGGUACUUUGGUCAACUCAACAGGAGCAAUAUCUGAGUUUUGGAGAGAGUUUGGUAAAACGAGACCACACGUUAACCCCGAAGAGAUUAUCAGAACCUCUCACGGGUGUCGUACUUUUGAUGUCAUAAAUAAAUGGUCACCAGAAGAUGCAGAGGUUGAGCAAGUUACUCAAUGGGAAAGCGAAAUUCCAGAUUCUUUCGGUCAACAUGCUAAAGCUAUACCAGGUUCAGUUGAAUUGGUUAAACAAUUCGAUAGCUAUUCUUCGCAGACCAAAGAUGGUAAGCAAAAAUGGGCAGUGGUGACAUCGGGUACAUUACCAUUAGCUACAAAGUGGCUAAAAUUAUUAACCAUUGAAAAACCAGAUGUUUUCAUUACUGCUGAAAAAGUGACAAAAGGUAAGCCACAUCCACAAGGAUACUUGGCAGCAAGAGAAAAUUUAGGUUUUGGUGAUAAAAGGAGCAAAGUGGUUGUUUUUGAAGAUGCUCCAGCAGGUAUAGAAGCUGGGGAGAAAGCAGGUGCUAUGGUUGUUGGUAUUUGCUCAACGUAUGAUCCUGAAAAAGUGAGAAAAGCAGGUGCCAAUAUUGUGGUUAAAGAUUUGACCAGUUUCCGCGUAACAGAUUACAAUAAGGAAACUGAAGAAUUUAAAGUUGUCGUUGAAGAUUACUUUUACGCUGAUCCAGAAUUUUUGGAAUUAGUUUAA